AUGGCACAACCAAGCUGGAUCCCCACUUUGACUCUUGCAGUAGUGGCGACGUUGACCUUGUACUUCUUGACGCGUAAAGUGGACGACGACGAUGACGGUGUUGACGAUACCAACAUGAGACUUGCCGCCCUGAUUGAACGCUACGGGUCGCUCGAGGAACACACCCGACAGCUGGAGCACCAAAUGGAGGAAAACAUGUGGACUCUGCAGCGCCGAGGGCAUUCUUCCUCCACGGUAGAGGAAACAGUUGUUCGGAUGACCUCGCAGUGGAUGCUGAUUCAACGGAGCAACGAGUUUAGAGAGCUUGAGAAAUUCGAGCCACGCGUCACCCAACGUGCCCAGCAACAGAUCGAGACCACGAUGCAACUUGUGGAGCGAUACUUGCUCCACAUGCGAGAGGCUCAACCCCAGCCUUUGUCUGAAGCGCGUGAAGUGAAACGUCAGGUCGAGAAUUGUUUGCAUUCCUACAAUAGUUUGAUUGAAACUAUCGGACGUAAGGUUCCCAAGAUCCGUUGGUCACAGGACGUCACGGAGAAGGAAGCGGGACUUCGCCGUUGGACAAAUAAGCUGGAAGCAUGCUUGAUCGCAGCAUCAGAAGACGCGGCUCAAGACAAAUCAGCCCAGAACGCGGAAGUCAAGGAUGCAGAGGAAGGUAAAGAGAUGAAGGACAGUUUUACGGUAGUAUGA